AGAGAAAAAACGGAAACGGAGAGAGAGCGAGGAAGGGGAGAAGGGGAACUGGGUAGGGAGGGUUUUAUACUCUCAUUAGCGGACCCAAAAUGAAAAAUCGCAGAGGUUCUGUUGUUUAAUGACAAAGCUUCCUUCAAAUCCGGUCAAGAUAAAAAGCCAAAAAAAAAAAAAAAAAGCUAAAACACAAAAAAAAGGCUUCUCAUUUCUCUGUCAUUUGGAUUUCAAUGUUCCCGAUAUGAAAUCGCUUUGUCGAUCCAUUCAAUUCCCGAGAAUCCAUUAAGCUCUAAUUUGAUCGUCAAGGUCGUGUUUUUUUCCUGCUCCUCUAGGGUUUUGUCUCGACCGUUUUGUUUACUAUUCUAGGGUUUAGGUAGUGGCAGAGCUGGAGCAUUGAAGAACAAGUACUCGCCGAUGUUGAUGCAUGGCCUUAAAAUCAUGCUGGAGAUUCUUCGUUUGUUGGUUUCAGCACCAGGGUUCUUGAUAGGAGAUCAUUUUCGUUGCAAAUGGAGAACUUGAUGAAAAUUUCUUUUCUUUUUCUCUUUGCCUAUUAAAUCAAUAAUGGUGAUUUUAUAUUGUGAUGGGUUCGUGAUUUAGUUUGGUUUUGAGAGUUGCUUACGUGAUUGAUGGGUACUUAGAAGAUUUGGUUGGUUCGAAUACGGGGGAUUGAGCUUCAGUGUGAUGUUAAUGAAGAUUUGCUGCAGAAAGGAGAAAAAAUCGCGGUUUCAACAUGCAUUUCGCGAAACUAGACGAUUCUCCGAUGUUUCGGAAACAGAUUCAGUGCCUGGAGGAAAGUGCCGAAUCAUUAAGGGAGAGAAGUCUGAAGUUUUAUAAAGGAUGUCGAAAGUACACGGAAGGGCUUGGGGAAGGAUAUGAUGGGGAUAUUGCUUUUGCUAGUGCCCUUGAAACAUUUGGAGGUGGGCAUAAUGAUCCUAUAAGUGUUGCUUUUGGAGGACCUGUUAUGACCAAAUUUACAAUUGCUUUGAGAGAAAUUGGGACGUACAAGGAAGUCCUUCGGUCUCAGGUUGAGCACACGCUAAAUGAAAGGCUGCUGCAUUUUGUCAAUGUUGAUUUGCUUGAUGUCAAGGAAGCUCGAAAGCGUUUCGACAAAGCCAGCCUUCUUUAUGACCAGGCUCGCGAGAAGUUUCUGUCACUCAGGAAAGGCACGAAAAUGGAUGUUGCUACAGUCUUGGAGGAGGAACUUCACAAUGCAAGGUCUUCAUUUGAACAAGCUCGCUUUAAUCUGGUCACUGCUCUCUCUAAUGUUGAGGCAAAAAAGAGAUUUGAAUUUUUGGAGGCUGUUAGUGGGACAAUGGAUGCUCAUCUUCGAUACUUCAAACAAGGUUAUGAGCUACUGCAUCAGAUGGAGCCAUAUAUAAACCAGGUUUUAACUUAUGCACAACAAUCAAGAGAAAGGUCCAACUAUGAACAGGCUGCGCUUACUGAAAGGAUGCAAGAAUACAAGAGGCAGAUUGAUCGGGAAAGUCGGUGGUCUUCUAAUGGCUCACAAGGCUCUCCUAAUGGAGAUGGUAUACAAGCUAUUGGUAGAAGUUCACACAAAAUGAUAGAGGCAGUCAUGCAAUCUGCUGCAAAGGGAAAGGUUCAAACAAUUCGACAAGGUUACCUUUCAAAACGCUCUUCAAACCUGAGAGGUGACUGGAAAAGAAGGUUUUUUGUUCUUGAUAGUCGUGGAAUGCUGUACUACUAUCGCAAGCAAUGGACUAAGCCAUCUGGAGCUGGUGGUCAGCUCUCCAGUCAGCGAAAUCAUAAUUCCUCCGAACUGGGUUCUGGACUGCUGAGUCGUUGGCUUUCUAAUCAUUACCAUGGGGGGGUGCAUGAUGAGAAGUCAGUGGCCCAUCACACUGUGAACCUGUUAACAUCAACAAUUAAAGUUGAUGCAGACCAGUCAGAUUUGAGGUUUUGCUUCAGGAUUAUUUCACCAUCAAAGAACUACACUUUGCAGGCAGAGAGUGCAAUGGAUCAGAUGGACUGGAUUGAAAAGAUAACUGGAGUUAUUGCUUCGCUGCUAAGUUCCCAGACACCUGAACAGCCUCUCCCUGCUAGUCCCAUGGGCAGUGGUCAUCAUCGAUCUGCCAGUGAAAGUAGUUCAUUUGAAAGUUCGUCCGAUUUUGAUCAUUCUGCAAUUGAUGAAUACACUGCUGAAAGGAAUUUAUUCACUGGACAUCAUGAACGGAUAUCUAGAAGUUCUCAGCAGCAACGACUCAGUGUAAAGAAUGAGAAGCCAAUUGAAGUGCUAAGAAGAGUAUGUGGCAAUGAUAAAUGUGCUGAUUGUGGUGCUCCUGAUCCAGAUUGGGCAUCUCUAAACCUUGGUGUUCUUGUUUGCAUUGAGUGUUCUGGUGUUCAUCGUAAUCUGGGUGUGCAUAUAUCAAAGGUAAGGUCACUAACGCUUGAUGUGAAAGUCUGGGAGCCUUCAGUCAUAACUUUGUUUCAAUCGCUGGGUAAUACAUAUGCAAACUCGGUCUGGGAAGAGUUAUUGCAAUCAAGGAGUAUUUUCCAGGCUGAUGAAUUCUCCAUAGGUUGCUCCAAAUCUGAUAAACACCAGAUCCUUCUUGUGAACAAACCUAGUCAUGCUGACCCUAUUUCAGUAAAGGAAAAAUUCAUUCAUGCAAAGUAUGCAGAAAAGCGUUUUGUUUGCAAGCCAAAGGAUGAUCAGUAUCUACUUUUGAUAGCCCAACGGAUGUGGGAUGGUGUUCGUACCAAUGACAAAAAAGCAGUGUAUCGCCAUAUUGUUAGCUCUGAAGCAGAUAUCAAUGGAGUGCAUGGACAAGCAUCUUUUAGCACAUCUUUAAAAGUGAUGUUGUUGCAAGAGCAGUCAAACCACGAACAGAGCUCCAGCUGCUUAUCAGGGGAUUCUUUGGACAAUGCCUUCUCAGCAAACUCUUUAAAGUCAGCAAGUGCAAAUGAAGAGGGGAAUGCAAAUUGCUUUGAUGGGUACUCCUUGCUUCACCUUGCUUGUCAAACUGCAGAUAUAGGAAUGAUAGAGCUCCUUUUACAGUAUGGAGCAAAUAUAAAUGUCCCAGAUUCAAAAGGGCAGACGCCACUCCAUCAUUGUAUUCUUGGAGGCAAAACUGUGUUUGCUAAAUUGCUUCUUACAAGGGGGGCUGAUCCAAAUGCUGUAGAUAGGGAAGGCAAGACUCCUCUUGAUCAUGCAGCAGAGACAACCUUCAAUGAUGAUGAGGUCCUGGCACUGUUAACAGAUUCAAACAGAUAACAUCGUCUCAUUGGAUGGUUGAAGAGCUUGCAGAAAGAAGGCUGGAAUCUCGUCAAUGAUGGUCUGGUUUGUGUGUGAUAAUAUUUCGAAAAACCAGUGUCUAUUUCUCAUUGGAGGCAGCCGUCACAAGUAGCCUUGUAAUUUAAAAGACCGGCAGGUUGGUAUUCUUGUCCAUAGGGUCCGCAUUGUGGACCCCAGGUAAGUUAAAAUAUGGCCUUAUCCUCCCAUAAUCUGGGAGUUGCUGCAUGUUCUCUUCGGGGCUUUGUAAUGUAAUGGUCUUUUUGUCCUUGUUGUCAUGUUGUGUUUCCUUUUCCUUGGUUAGUUGGUUGGUGGGGUUUGUGCCUUUGUGGGACUGGCUUUUGGCAUUGUGGUUGUACAUUGGUUUGUCUAGUUUUUCAUUAUGGGAUGUUUUGGGGGAUGAUAACUUUACUGAAUGUCCGAGGCUGAAAAAGAAAUGGAAAAAAGGGGGAAAUGUGCAAAUAGCUACAUCAUAAAGUAGCCCGUGGUCAAUUAUGUUGAAAAGCUUUAGAUUACUAUUUGUUAAGAAUCAAUCCCAUUCCCUUCA